GACUGGUUGAAACAGGUGCGAAUUGGUCUCAGGUCAUCGUAACCUGGAACGCCAUGUCAAAUAUGAAUUGAUUGUUUCUAGUUCGAUACAGAAUGAAAUUACAAGUACCUUACUUCAUGAGCCAAAGCCAAAGGCAGCAACACACCUCACCGAGGGCAUACACAGUUGACCUUUGCACGUAAUCUGAUUGGCUCCACACCGAACAAACACGUGACUGCCCCGGAGGUGGAGCACCUGUCGUGGAGCUUCAACCUGACCUCAAACUUCCGCAACAUCCCUCACCAACUUCUUUUCCAAUUGAGUGUCUGGCCCGCGACUCCGAACCACCCCGCAACCAUGGCCGGCGACCACGAUACGUACCACUCCAAGGACGCCAUCAAGGCGGCCAUCUCCUCCUCGGCCGCCCUCGGUGGUGCCGGUUUCUUCAUUGCCGCUGUCCACAAUGCCCUCCAGAAGCAGAAUGUUGGCGCCAUGUCCGUCUUCACCCGCAGCGGCGGCAUCAUCGCCGUGAUGGCGAUUGGUGGUGGCGCAUACGGCUUCACCAAGUCGGCAAUGGCCAACCUGAGAGAAAAGGACGACCCGUGGAACACCGCGACUGCCGGCUUCAUUGCCGGUUCAAUCCUCGGAAUGACAACCAGAAGAAGAAUGCGUUGGUCGUCUUCGGCGCACAAGGAGUCGAGGUCACCGGCGGAGUUCGAGGUCACCGGCGGACGCCUCAGAGGAUGGAACACGGCCGAAGUUGAAGAAGCCGAUUUCGAGGGCAAGAUUGCUCAGCGCGCAGCCAAGAGACGCCCGAUCGAGGAGACGAUUGCAGAGCUUGGCGAGGGCCGUGGUAUCCGGCCGCCGGGCUACGAGGAGCGGAGACGUGAGCGGCUCAAGGAGAAGUACGGUGUUGAGAUCAACCCCGUCAAGGCAACUGUCGAGUAAAACAAAGUCAAACGAAACAUCAAAACCAUCACCACCACCAAUCCACCACCCAGCCCAGCGAGGCAUGCUCUUUUAUUUCCCGUUGCUUGUACAUAUACACAGCCUGCGAAACACGUGGGCACAUGAAGAGGAGUCUCAUCGGCUAGAGGAAAUGGAGAAUUGUACUAUUUUUUUCUCAUGCUCUCUGAGCUUCCGCGUGAUGUGUGCCUGUCUCCAAUGACGCACCGCCGACUGCGUCUCAACAAUGGUACGUUAUUGCAUAAUGCCGGCAUUUGCCAACUACAAUGAUGAUACAAUAGCUUCAGAGGCUGUUUAUGAAUUAUUUUAUGAUUCGACCCAUCACCGUUCUAUCAAUUAUCUGAUUUUGAGUUUGUUCUUUGGAAACUUUUAUAUCUUGAUGUCCUCGACGCUCACUAACAGGAAGUCGAUUUCUAGCAGCAACCAACAACGCCAAGUGUUUCAUUAGCACCGCUGCAAUCUCAUCUACUAAUAGUAAGUUUAUCUUGUUUACAUCUUUUCCCUCCUUUUGAUGAUACAAUAGCUUCAGAGGCUGUUUAUGAAAUCACUUCAUGAUUCGACCCAUCACCGUUCUAUCAUUCGUCUGACUUGGCUUUCAAUACUCAUAAUUUUGCAUAACAUUAUCUAUAAUUGAAACUGACAUCCAAAUCUAGACCUGACGUCAGUGUGCUAUACUGAGUCUCCGACACAUACCAUCCACAUAUGUUAAGGUAAGUCUUGGCAAGUUCUUUGUCUCUACCCCAUCUCUCUUGAUGAUACUCAAGCUUCAGAGGCUGUUUAUGAUCUACAUGAUUCAACACAUCACCGUUCUAUCUUUUUGUCUGAUUUGCGAUUCAAAUUUCCGAUUUUCUGCGUCUGCCAGGCUUUCACGAAUACUGACAUAGCUUUCAGGCCAGCAUGAUCUCACCUUCGGGCCUAGCCCAACUUGAUGUUUUCAGAGUAAGUCCAGCCUUCGUUUUGAUACAAUGCACAUUUUCUGUAUGAUGAUACACUAGCUUCAGAGGCUGUUUAUGAUCUUCAUGAUUAGACCCAUCACCGUUCUAUCAUUUGUCUGAUUACACUGUUAUCUUUCCUGUCAUUAUUGCAUACUUGUUGAUCUUUCAACCCGUACUGACAGCGACGUCUAGGCAUUCGAAUGCUAGAAAACUGCAGAAACCAUAUAGAACUACAGAGAGAAGUAGAGAACAGAAGCCAUGGAAAGACGCUCGGUGCGCCACCAGAUCUACACGAAGACUCUUUCACUUUUAAGAUCAAGGGAUCAGAGUGCAAUAUCCCCCCCCC